AUGCGCUCAUCACUCACCUGGGCUCUAGCUCUUGCGGGAGCAGCUACAUCUGUGUCUGCAAAGCCAACGCAAACGCAAUCUCACGCAAGCCAUACCGAUCACCAUGCGACGUCCACACCAACCAACGCGUGCGCCGUGGCACAAGCAGCUGCAGAGUCGUUUCUCUCAGCCAACCCUAGUGCAACGGGAGCCGCGAUAGUUCCUUCGAUUGCUUACGACUGCUUGAAGUCUAUCCCUAUCGACAAGCAGAAUGACUUGGAUCUCCUCAACUACCUUCAGCCAUACAUUGAAUUCCAAAGUACUUUGGAGCCUCUCACUAAUCCACCGAAGGGAUACCUCAUCCCGGGCGUCGAUGUCAUCAGGGGACUCGGCCAGAUCCGGGCCCGUGUGAUGAAGGACAAGUACAAGAGCCAGGUCGAGUUUGCGCUGGACAUCAAGCGUCUAUUCGCUCAAGCUUCGGAUGGACACUUCAAUUACAACCCUGCCAUCCUCAACCUCUUUACCUUUCGCAGUCUGAAUCAGCUCGUUUCUGUAUCAGACGAUGGCCUCAGCGUCCCGAGAGUCUAUCUCGUCAGUGACUUCCUCAAGUCUUACGUCAAUGAUACGGAUGUCUAUGAUAUCAAGAGCAUCGAUGGCGUCCCCAUCACGAAAUGGCUCGAGGCACAGUCUUUCCGAGUCUUGACUCAGGAUCCAGACGCCAAGUAUAAUUCUCUGUUCAACACAAACCCUGCUACAGAGUUCCAGGGUAUUGGCAACGAUUUUGUCCUUCGCUUCCCUGGGCACGCUCCGGAUUCCCAGGUGAUCAAGUUCACCAACGGAACGAAGUACGUCGACAAGCUUGUAGCUGUCGUCAGUGAGCUCUUGGUACCGUAUCUCGGCAGCCCUGAGGCCAUCCACUCGAAGGUCGAAUUACCCCCUACAAGCACCAGCUCAUCCGUCGCUUCUUCCUCGUCUGCUACAUCUUCGUCUAGUGCAACACCCACCACGACAAGGAUCCCGGGCUACCCAGAACCAGUAUCCAAGCACGCGAGUGAUUGGAUCUCUACAUACUUCCUCAACGGCUCCUACGAGGACACCGCGGUCGUGGCCAUUUCUUCUUUUGCUCCGUCCGAUGUCGACACCGCGAACUCAACCUUUGAGAUUGAUGAAGCGAGGCGUGUCGUUGAUGUUUUCCUCAAGAAGGCCAAGGACGCAGGCAAAAAGAAGCUCAUCAUCGACGUCCAGGCCAACGGAGGCGGCUUCAUCGCAGCCGGAUUCCAACUCUACAAUCAGCUUUUCCCCAAGACCACCGAUAUCUGGGACGGAAACCGCAUCCGUGCCCACGAAGCUUUCAACGCCAUUGGACUUACCGCUCAAGAGGCUUCGUCCAGUACUUUGGCAGAUUUGCUUUCAAAUGCCCUAAACGACGAACUCCAGCCUUUCAAGGACUGGCAGGAUUUUUAUGGUCCUGAAGUGGUUGCUGGACAGAACGUUACAAAUCUGUUGCGCUACAAUCAGUCCGCGAUCGGUUACUCCAUGAGUCAAGGUGACCAAAUCUUCAAGCCGGAGAACAUUGUUGUCAUCACUGAUGGCAUCUGCGCCUCUACAUGCACCAUCUUCACCGGUCUCUUGGUAAGGGAGCAGGGCGUCCGCACGAUUGCCCUUGGAGGUCGCCCUUCGGAGGGUCCCAUGCAAGCCAUCGGCGGCGUUGAGGGCUCAGAGAUCCUCGACUGGCCCACUUUGCAGAGCACAAUCAUGCAGGUUGCCAGCGAAGCUAUCGCCGCGAACGAGACCGAGAUUCUCGAAGCGGCCAUUGAUGUUCUCCCCGACCUCGGCGACCCUCCUUUGCUCCCCACACUGGCCAACUCGGGCGGUAGCUUCAAUUACCGCAACGCCUACGCUCGUAACAACACGGACGGAUUCCCGGAGCAGUUCAUAUAUGAGGCUGCUAAUUGUCGUCUUUUCUACACGGCGGACAUGCUUGUCAACAUUACAGAGAUUUGGGUCCGCACCGCCGACUCUGCUUGGAACAAGGCCAAGUGCGUUGGCGGAUCGACUGCCAGCUCGGACGGUAUCAUCAGCAGCGACGUUGUGCCUUAUAGCGACAAGGUCAUCGGGAGGAACUUGGAAUACAGGGGGCCCGGCAGCUUGUCCUAUAAGGGUGCCUAUGAGCCUUCCUCUCCCUAUGUCCAGAAACACACGAACAACAAGCGCUCCAUCGUCGAGCAACUCAACGUGCCCGAGAACUUUGUCUACGAGCCCAGGAAGCACAAGAUUGGCAAUCUGAAGGAGUACCUUGCUCGAAACAUGCCCGAGAGCUUCAAGUAUGAGCAGAAGCACAAGGUGAGCGUUAGCCACACUCACCGGAACCGGUGGUAG